AUGAUACAGAUACAAGCCAUCGUGAAGUCAAUGGUUUUCAUUACAAUGUCAUCUGUGUUUGGACGUUUGGACAAGGUGCAAGGUGCAAGGCAUCUUGCCGAGUCUUUGUUUUUCAAGCCACAGACUGGUGCACUGGCACAGACAACCGCGAAUAACACUGCUUGGCUCAUUGCUUUCACCGAGGAAAGUUCCUCACAAGAGAUCCAAUCAAUCCCCAAAUACACUUCGAGCCAAACUACGAAAACCGAAAAACAGUUGAAGUGCUUAACCAAUCGUUAG